UUGUGCAUUGCGCAUGUGCAUAACAUAACCACCAGUUCCUUUUUGACAACGAAAACGGCGACACAAUGGCGAAUGAAACGGCAACUUCUUCCUUGCUGCCUUUGAAAAGGAAAGCUACGUCAGAAAUAGAAACGUCAACUCCUUCCCCGAAGCCCGUUAAAAGCAAACGUGUGGAUGAUGGUGAGUCGGACAGCUACUCUGACGAAUCUGAAGAUGAAAUCGAGUCUAAAGAUGAAAUCGAGUCUAAAGAUGACAUCAAACCAGUUGCAAAGCCAGAUAUUAAGAUUUUUCCAGGCUUUCUGCUGAACGACGUAACACUGGUGGUCGAGGAAAUACACCUUCAUGUAAAUAAAGAUUUACUCUCAACAGCUUCACCUGUAUUUGAUGCUUGGCUAAAGAAAGAAUGGCAACAAGACGAGUGCACUGACGACACAAAAAGGGAGCUGAAGUUCCCUGGGAAAACAUAUGAUGACAUGGCCACAUUCCUAAAAUGUCUUCUGCCCAUUUUCGCUGACCACGUUACAAUUGCAACACUGGAAACUGUACUCCCAUUAGCAGAUGAAUAUCGGACAGAAAACUUGCUCAAAGAAUGUGAAGAAGUCAUCCGGAAGCACGUGGGGUCUGUCUCCGAGAGGGAUAUAUAUAUACCACCAUCACAGGUCGUCACAUACCUACGCUGGAUCGAACAAUAUAAUCUCAACACGGUUGAAAAAUGUGUUGUGAGAUUAGCUUCUUUCCUAACAACUGAAGAGGUUGAGGCAGUUCCAGAUUACAUAAAUAUCAGCAAAAGACUUCAACGGGAUAUAUCUAAUGCCAGAGCCAAGCUACUUGAGAGUCUAAUGGUGUCCAGUGUAAUAGAAGCUGAAAGAAAAAUGAAAGAAUUCCAAAUCCCUCUCUCUACGUGCUAUAUGACUGCAUGGAAAAGAAAUGUAGUAGAAAUUGUGAAAGUCUAUCUAGCAUUAUCAACACUACCAGACAAUGCUUUUUCAAGUAAACGGUGGAGCGUCCCAGCGCAUGAAUAUUUGGAACGUAUUGACUUUUCCUCGAUUGCGUACAAGUCGCAGUACAAACCAUCGAUUGGUGCUAAUGACGCAUGUAAAUAUUUACGUGAUAAAUUCAAACUCUCGUAAAUCUAAAGCAAAGCUUGUAACUAUUAAAGUAACUGCAUACUUACGGUGGAUAUUUCCAAUAAUCUUUGAUCAGUACAUUAUUCGAAACAUAACUGAUAAUGCACGUGCUAGUAAAGAACGACACUUGCUUGGAAUUUGCUUUAAAUCGUGAAUUUAAACAUUUGUAUACAGACUGUAUACAUAUAAAAUAUUCGCAUCAGGUACUCAAAUCAUAAAACAUUUACGUCUUAUGAUGAAGUGACUAUAUCAUGAUGCGUUGGUCUGUUUGUUUGAUUGUAACUAUAAACGAAGUGUUUCUCCCGACUCUUGAUAUGUAAGAAACACGUGUCUUAUACUUAGCAUUUAUAUGGUGCACGCCUCUCUCUUACCCUAUACAGGUGUAUACAAACACUUGCCGUUGUAAGAUAUACUUUGCUCUUACCCUGGACAGGUAUAUCCACACUUGCCGUUGUAAGAUAUACUUUGCUCUUACCCUGUACAGGUGAAUACACACACUUGCCGUUGUAAGAUAUACUUGCUCUUACCCUGUACAGGUGUAUACACACACUUGCCGUUGUAAGAUAUACUUGCUCUUACCCUGUACAGGUGUAUACACACAUUUGCCGUUGUAAGAUAUACUUUGCUCUUACCCUGGACAGGUGUAUCCACACUUAUGCCCAGUGUGAGAUAUCCUUUUCACUCCCUAGAAUUGAGACGGGGGUUCCCCUAUUCAAAACAAUGGUAAGACGUCACGUCAAACAUACAAUGACGCCACGUCAACAAUGCAUCAACGUCACGUCAACCCUGAAUUUAGCCUGAAACGUUAACACUACAAUAUGCAUCUGAUACACAGAUUAAGAGAAAAAGAAUCAUUCACCCCCUUGAGGGUGAGGUGGGGGAAUGUCAACCCUCGAUAAAAAAUUCCACGAUCACACCUCCAAGGGGGUGAUAAAUUCUUUAAUUCUCUCUUAUAAGACAGAGAUAACGAUGCAAUUACGUCAAAUCAACAAUAGCAGAUUACGUUCGUUCCGAUCUGCUGGAAAUUAGGAAAUCAACAUUUGCAUUUCAUAAAAUUACCAUUUGUAUUUAAUGUGGGAGAAAAAUAAUAACUCCCUUUUAUGGAGUAACACAGAAAAAUCUCAACCAUCAGCGUAAGAUUCUUUAAUAUCUGGUCAUCGGCAAAGCCUCGAGACUUUCAUCCUCCUAUCUCAUAUCCAACGGUAUGGAACAUUCUAGUAAUCCCACAUGAGUGAAUCCAUUGCGUUUUACUAUUAUAGCGUCAUUAUCAGAUGACAGCAAUGUCUUAUGAUGCCACAGUCGAACAACCGUUAAAACGUCCAUUGACUGAGUGUGAUAAUCUCACUCUCAGUAAGUGAUAGCACGUCGGGAACAGUAUGUAGGUGUAAGUGAUAUGGAAAGUGUACCCGUGGGUAUAUAAUUUAAUUGGUGUCAGAACCUAGGCAAGUUUGUUUAAAUUUUGUUUAUAUCCGUGUGGUCAGAUACUUACUAUAUUGUGGUAGUAGAUAUUCUUCAACGAACAGAAAUGUCAAUUUAAUGACGUGAGGUAUCAUAUCGAAAUGUCUUCACGUUUCGAAACAUCAGCCGAUUUAGUACUGAACACAUUGAACGCAAACGUUGAUUUCACGCACGCACUAGUCAAUAUUUAAACUAUACUUGUUCCAGAACUAGGAUCACUGGUUUCCCAUACGUGGGUAGCUCCUAACCGGGGUCAUUAAGUGCAACUUUGUCGGAUAAAGUUAUCCCACAUCAGUGUUCUACAUGAGACACCUGUAGUUUGUAUACAAAGAGGUGAGAGAAGAGCUUUAUCAAUUAUGGAUUUUUUUAAAGAAAUAAUUCAUACUUCAAUAUCAGUAUGGGCGUGUUGCUUAAUUGUAGUUUAACAUUGCACUUAAAAAAAAAAAAAAAAUCAAAUAUGGACUUUUCGUUUCCUUGUUCAUAGCUCUGUUGCGUCCCAAUUUGUAACAACAACCCAAUUUGUAACAACAUAGAGUGUUGUGUAAAGUGAGUUGAAGUGAUUAGUUAGUAAAAACAAUGAUCAUGAUAUAUUAAUCACUUCCCACUCAUUUGAUAUGAUCUAUAGUCCUUUGUUGAUGUAUCAGUUUUGCUAGGGCUUAAUCGUGCCGUAAUAUAGAGAGGAUAUAUUCUGACAUACUCGUGAAGUAUAAAUGGUAUUAAAAAGGAAAACAUUUUUUGUUCAUUAUUUAUUCCAUUUGAUACCACGAAAAUUUUGCUGCAUCAAAAGGUGCAGGAAUUAGUAGCAUACUAUUUGACGCCAGAUUUUAAUGACGUCACGAUUGAACAUAAGACAAAGCGCAAUUUUAUUAUCUGGUUUGAUUAAGAAACAAAAAUAAUAUCGAUUGUUUAGUAACAUAAAUACCAAAUCAACUACUAAUUCUACCGUCGCUUCACCUGAACUAGAAACUGAAAAUCUACGCAAUCAAUAAAAAGGACCAUGCUGAUUGGACAAUAUUAAAAGUGAUAUCAUCACAUGUGAGGAUGUAACAUUUCAGUGAAGUGCAAUGAAGAUGUUAGUUUUUAUCAAAUGGAUAAUUCAUGAUAUUCAACUGGUAAAAUGUAAUAAAUCUAGAUACACAUGUGGAGUGACUGCUUCCUUCCAUGCUCCUGUAGAGGAUGUUUCAAAACAUGCCAGCGCUAAAAAAAAUGUUUACUGGGUUUUGUAUGUAUUAUUCUAGGCCGCUUUCGUUUAUCGCGAUUCAAACGAUUGGAACGGUUUGACCAGAGUUGUUCGUUUAUGAAAUAAGUCAGACCUAGUAAUUUGAUGUCGGUUUCAAUAGAAAAGUAUACUGUCGUUUUAAACAUACAACAGUAUGGUACGCUGUAAUAAAUUCACACCACAUAUGUAAUAUAGUAUUCAUAGCAAACAAUUUGUGUAAAUACUGUUACUUGUAUUUUGUUUCAUAAUAAACUUUGUCUUGUUUAACAUUUUUUAUUAGCAAAUAUAAUAAUAGGGCUCGUAUUACAUAAAAUGUAACCACAAAAUGCUUUAUGAAUUCGAUAGCUUUUACAUUGUACAUAUGUCAAUACUUGUAAUUACGUUCAAUAAAAAG